AUCCCACCUCCAGGACUUCCAGGUCCCAGAGAAGGUUUGAGCUACCAUUUUGGACAAGGGGAAGCUCCGGGGAUGCUGGAGCAAGAAGACCCCAGAACCUCCUGUCUAGAUGAAGAGACCCGGCUUGAAGUCAGGGAGAUUGCUUCAGAUCCAAGCAUUUCUGUGGAAGAAUCACCACAGCCAAGAUUCAUGAUUGUGAAAAAACAAGAGAGUCACUGCGAAUUUGAUAAAGAUGGAAAGAGUUUCAGACAAAGUUCAGUCCUAAUUCCUUGUGAAAAAAGGACCUCUGGGAAUGGCUGUUUACAAGAUCAUAAAUAUAGAGAAAGCUUAAUUGGACAGGUAGGGCUUAUUGAGUCUCAUGGGAAGCCUCCAGAAGUGCAAACUUAUCAAUAUAAUGAAUGUGAGAUGCCCUUCAGCGUGAAUUCAAUUAGACAUCAGAAAAGUGAUCCCAGAGAAAUGCUUUAUACAUGUAAUGAGGGUGAGAAGGCCUUCACUCAUAAUUCAAAGCUUAUUGACCAUCAGAAAAUUGAAAAUGGAAACACUGUAGAGAAAUCGUAUCGUUGCAGUCAGUGUGGUAAAGCUUUCACAGAGAAGAGCAAUCUUGCUUCACAUCAGAGAAUCCAUACUGGCGAGAAACGUUAUGACUGUAAUCAAUGUGGAAAGACUUUUAAAUAUGGUUCUGAUCUUGAUAAACAUCAGAGAAUCCACACUGGAGAAAAACCUUAUGAAUGUAUUCAUUGUGGAAAGACUUUCACACAGAGUUCCCAUCUUUUUGUCCAUCGGAGAAUCCACACUGGAGAGAAACCUUAUGAAUGUAACCAAUGUGGAGAGACUUUUAGAUAUGGUUCUUUUCUUGAUAAACAUCAGAGAAUCCACAGUGGAGAAAAACCUUAUAAAUGCGUUCAGUGUGGAAAGUCUUUCACACAGAGUUCUAGUCUGUCUAUACAUCAGAGCAUCCAUACUGGAGAGAAACCUUAUUACUGUAGUCAAUGUGGAGAGACUUUCAGACAGCGCACUAGUCUUGCUGAUCACCAGAGAAUCCACACUGGAGAAAAACCUUAUAAAUGUAAUCAGUGUCGAAAGACUUUCAACCACCUAGUUAGUCUUGCUAAUCAUCAGAGAAUCCACACUGGAGAAAAACCUUAUAAAUGCGUUCAGUGUGGAGAGUCUUUCACACAGAGUUCUAGUCUGUCUAUACAUCAGAGCAUCCAUACUGGAGAGAAACCUUAUUACUGUAGUCAAUGUGGAGAAACUUUCAGACAGCGCACUAGUCUUGCUGAUCACCAGAGAAUCCACACUGGAGAAAAACCUUAUAAAUGUAAUCAAUGUCGAAAGACUUUCAACCACCUAGUUAGUCUUGCUAAUCAUCAGAGAAUCCACACUUAUGAAUAUAAUCAGUGUGGAAAGUCUUUCACACAGAGUUCCAGUCCUGUACACCAUCAGAGAAUCCACAAUGGAGAAAAAUUUUAUGAAUGUAACCUAUGUGGAAAGACUUUUAGAUAUAGUUCUUGGCUUGAUAAACAUCAAAGAAUCCACACUGGAGAAAAGCCUUAUAAAUGUAUUCAGUGUGGAAAGACUUUCACACAGAGUUCCAAUCUUUUUGUACAUCAGAGAAUCCACACUCGAGAUAAACCUUUUUACUGUAGUCAAUUUGGAGUGACUUUCAGACAGCGCAUUAAUCUUGUCGAUCACCAGAGAGUCCACACUGGAGAAAAACCUUAUAAAUGUAGUCAGUGUCGAAAGACUUUUAUUCACCUAGUUAGUCUUGCUAAUCAUCAGAGAAUCCACACUGGAGAGAGACCUUAUGAAUGUAAUCAUUGUGGAAAGUCCUUCACACAGAGUUCCAGUCUUUUUCUCCAUCAGAGAAUCCACACUGGAGAAGAAUUUUAUGAAUGCAACCUAUGUGGAAAGGCUUUUAGAUAUAGUUCUUGGCUUGAUAAACAUCAGAGAAUCCACACUGGAGAAAAACCUUAUAAAUGUAUUGAGUGUGGAAAGACUUUCACACAGAGUUACAAUCUCUCUGUACAUCAGAGAAUCCACACUGGAGAGAGACCUUAUUACUGUAGUCAGUGUGGAAAGAGUUUCGCACAGAAGUCUACCCUUGAUAAUCAUCAGAGAAUGCACACUGGAGAAAAACCUUAUAAAUGUAGUCAAUGUGGAGAGACUUUCAGACAACGUUUUAGUCUUGCUGAGCAUCAGAGAACUCACACUGGAGAGAAACCUUAAAAAUGUAGUCAAUGUGAAAAAACUUACACAGAGAUCUAUUUUUUUCUCUGCAUCAGAGAAUCCAUACUGGAGAGUAAACUUACAAUUGUAAUCAGUGUACAAAAAACACUUCACAAACACCUCUUAUCUUGCUGCACAUCAGAGAAUCCACACUGGCGAGAGACCUUGUGAAUGUAAUUAGUGUGGGAAAACUUUCAGAUGUAGUUCUGGCUUCUGUACAAUCUUAAACAUCCCAGAUUUCAUAUUGUGCAUAUACCCCUUUAAAUGUAAUGAUUUUUUCUUUGACGUACUAUUGUUUUUCAAUUCUCAAUAAUAUUCCAUAACGUUGACAUCCCAUAAUCCCAUCAGCCAUUCCCCAGUUGAUUAAUACUUGUUUCCUGUUUUUUUUUUUUGUUGACACAAAAAAUUCUGUAUAAAUAUUUUGGUAACUGUUAGACAUUUCUGUAUUGAUUUCUUUAGUAUGUGGCACAAUGCAUAGAAUGCUUCCUCUGGAAUCAGAAGACCUCAGUUCAAAUUCAGUCUCUGGCACUUCCUAGUUGUGUGACCCUGGGCCAAUCACUUAACCUAUCACUGUCAGUUUACCCCAUCUAUUGUAGGAUGUGUAUACUAAUGACACCUCUCUCUGAGAGUUGAUGUGAGGAUCAAAUUUGACAGUAUCUGCAAAUUGCUUCAUAAGCAUUAAAUCACUCUAAGUGCUGGGAAUUAUCAUUCCUUGGGUCAUAAGUCUCAGAAUAUUUGCCUAAAUAUUUGGACAAUAUAGUCACUAUUUUAAUAAUUGAGAUUGCUAUUCAAAACAAUGUAGAGAAAGGCAAUUUGUUGUAAUUGUA